AUGAAGGAGCUGCAACGUACAGCACCCAGCCACCUGUGCCCAGCUGGUAUAAUGCCUUGCACUCAGCUUUGCACACCCACCUACUGUUGUGUUCGAUGCCCAGCCGCCAAAGGCACAGCUGCUCUUGUGUGUGCUGCACAGAGCUGCCAUGCUGGACCCAACUGCCAGAUGGUGCCCACUUGUGCACCCCCAGGCACCUUCACAUGCCAGACCCAGCUGCACCCAGCCAUGUACCCCUGGAAACUCUGGCAUGGAGGGCUGAAAAACAGCAAACAUGAAUGCACCUUAUCUUCACAAGAAUAUGUUCAUGAAUUACGAUCUGGUAUUUCAGAUGAGAAACUUCUUAACUGCCUUGAAUCUCUGAGGGUUUCUUUAACCAGCAAUCCUGUCAGCUGGGUUAACAACUUUGGCCAUGAAGGUCUUGGACUCUUACUGGAUGUGCUGGAAAAGCUUCUGGACAAGAAACAGCAAGAAAAUAUAGACAAGAAGAAUCAGUAUAAACUUAUUCAGUGCCUCAAAGCAUUUAUGAAUAAUAAGUUUGGAUUGCAAAGGAUUCUAGGAGAUGAAAGGAGUCUUUUGCUAUUGGCAAGAGCAAUUGAUCCCAAACAACCCAACAUGAUGACUGAAAUAGUAAAAAUACUUUCUGCUAUUUGCAUUGUUGGAGAAGAGAACAUUCUAGAUAAACUUUUAGGAGCUAUAACUACUGCAGCAGAAAGAAAUAAUAGGGAACGAUUUUCACCAAUUGUGGAAGGAUUAGAAAAUCAUGAAGCUUUGCAAUUACAGGUGGCCUGCAUGCAGUUUAUAAAUGCUCUUGUCACUUCACCUUAUGAGCUUGAUUUUAGAAUACAUUUAAGGAAUGAAUUCCUACGUUCCGGACUAAAAACAAUGUUACCAGAUCUAAAAGAAAAAGAGAAUGAUGAGCUUGAUAUUCAGUUGAAAGUAUUUGAUGAGAACAAAGAAGAUGACCUAAAUGAAUUAUCACACCGUCUCAAUGACAUUCGAGCAGAAAUGGAUGAUAUGAAUGAAGUGUAUCACCUUCUAUAUAAUAUGUUGAAGGACACUGCUGCUGAAAAUUACUUAUUAUCCAUUCUACAACAUUUUUUGCUCAUCAGAAAUGAUUAUUACGUCAGGCCACAGUAUUACAAAAUAAUUGAGGAGUGCGUUUCACAGAUAGUGCUGCACUGCAGUGGUAUGGACCCAGAUUUCAAGUAUAGGCAAAGAUUAGACAUUGAUUUCACGCAUCUGAUAGAUUCUUGUGUGAACAAGGCAAAAGUUGAAGAAAGUGAACAAAAAGCAGUGGAAUUUUCAAAGAAGUUUGAUGAAGAAUUCACAGCUCGACAGGAAGCUCAAGCUGAACUUCAAAAAAGAGAAGAAAAAAUUAAAGAGCUUGAAACAGAAAUCCAGCAACUUCGAACCCAGGGACAUGGACUCUUAGGUUCAUCAGGAAUUCCAGGUCCUCCUCCACCACCUCCACUGCCAGGUGGUGGGUCAUCCCCACCACUACCACCUCCACCAGCACCACCUCUACCUGGAGGAACUCUCCCUCCUCCUCCACCUCCUUUACCUGGAAUGAUGGGUAUACCACCACCACCACCACCACCACCUUUGUUUGGGGGACCUCCUCUACCACUUCCCCUUGGAGGAGGAAUUCCUCCUUUCCCAGAAGCAGCACUUGAUUUGCCUUAUGGGAUGAAGCAGAAAAAAAUAUAUAAACCUGAGGUGCCCAUGAAGAGAAUCAAUUGGUCAAAGAUUGAACCCAAAGAAUUAUCUGAGAACUGUGUCUGGUUAAAAGUUAAGGAGGACAAGUUUGAAAAUCCUGAUCUCUUUGCAAAAUUGACACUGAAUUUUGCUACCCAGAUAAAAGAUAGCAAAGUUCAAAAGAAUGUAGAAGCUUCAGAAGAAAAGAAGAUCCUCCCUGCAAAGAAGAAAGUGAAAGAAUUGAGAAUUUUGGAUCCCAAAACGGCCCAGAAUCUGUCUAUCUUCCUAGGAUCAUAUCGUAUGCCAUAUGAAGAUAUAAAAAAUAUUAUUCUGGAGGUUAAUGAAGACAUGCUGAAUGAAGCCUUAAUUCAGAACCUUGUAAAACAUCUUCCUGAGCAGAAAGUACUCGGUGAAUUAGCACAACUGAGGAGCGAAUAUGAUCACCUCUGUGAGCCUGAGCAAUUUGGAGUUGUGAUGAGCUCAGUGAAAAUGUUACAGCCUCGUCUCGAAAACAUUCUUUUCAAGCUGACGUUUGAAGAACAUGUAAACAACAUCAAACCAAGCAUCAUAGCAGUAACUCUUGCCUGUGAAGAACUGAAGAAAAGUGAAAGCUUUAACAGACUUUUAGAGUUAGUUCUUUUGGUUGGAAACUACAUGAACUCAGGCUCAAGAAAUGCCCAGUCUUUGGGUUUUAAAAUCAACUUCCUUUGUAAGAUCAGAGAUACUAAGUCAGCAGAUCAAAAAACAACCCUCUUGCAUUUUAUUGCUGAAAUUUGUGAGGAAAAAUACUGGGAUAUCCUGAAAUUUCCUGAAGAGCUGGAACAUGUAGAAAGUGCAAGCAAAGUUUCAGCUCAAAUUCUCAAGAGCAACCUUACAGCAAUGGAACAACAAAUUAUUAAUCUGGAACGUGACAUCAAGAAAUUCCCCGAAACAGAAAAUCAACAUGAUAAGUUUGUGGAGAAGAUGACAAGCUUUACAAAGAGUGCCAGAGACCAGUAUGAAAAACUGUUCACCAUGCACAACAACAUGCUGAAGCUCUAUGAGAAUCUUGGAGAAUACUUUAUUUUUGACUCUAAGACAGUGAGCAUAGAAGAGUUCUUUGGUGAUCUCAGCAACUUCCGAACUUUGUUUCUGGAAGCAGUGAAAGAAAACAACAAGAGAAAAGAAAUGGAAGAGAAGACUAAGAGGGCAAAGCUUGCAAAAGAGAAAGCUGAACAAGAAAAGUUAGAACGCCAGAAGAAAAAGAAACAACUCAUUGAUAUAAACAAAGAGGGUGAUGAGACUGGUGUGAUGGAUAAUCUUCUAGAAGCCCUACAAUCAGGUGCAGCAUUCCGAGACCGCAGAAAGAGGAUUCCAAGGAAUCCAGAUAACAGACGAGUACCUUUGGAAAGGUCACGCUCUCGCCACAAUGGAGCUGUCUCAUCUAAGUGAAUCCUGAUGCCAAAGAAUAUGAAAAUAUUUAAGUAAAAAAAAUCAUAUAUUUUGAGAAG